ACUCCAGUAUCCCAAAGUCCCUGAAUGCAGCAGCAGCAGCAUAGUGUGGUAGUCUCUCUCAGUAGCUGUAGCUGUAACAACCAGCCACCAGCGGCUGCAGACACACACUCUGGACUCCUGUGAAGACAAAAGAGAGACUCUUUGAGCGCACAUUUCCUUCAAACAGAGGCGGCCACAUAGAGGACCCUCACAUAGGACAGCAGCUAUAAACUCACACAGGCAGAGCCAUGCUGGAAUACUACCAGACGUUAGGAGUCCAGAAACAUGCAGCGCAAGAGGACAUCAAAAAAGCUUACAGAAAAUUGGCAUUGAAGUGGCAUCCAGACAAGAACCCAGACAACAAGGAGGAGGCAGAGAAAAGGUUCAAAGAGAUCUCAGAGGCAUAUGAAGUGCUCUCAGAUGAAAACAAGAGGAAUACUUAUGACAGAUACGGCAAAGACGGCCUUUCAGCAGGAGGAGGAGGAGGAGGCCAUUACGAUCACUUUGGCGGCAGCGGCUUCACAUUCCGUAAUCCCGAUGACGUUUUCAGGGAAUUCUUUGGCGGCAGAGAUCCAUUUGCAGAUUUUUUUGCUGAUGACCCCUUUGACGAUUUCUUCGGGGGUAGUCGCAGUCGCCAGAGGGGCGCAAGCCGAGGUAGGAUGGGGGGAUCGCUCUUUGGUUUUGGGAGCUUCCCAGCGUUUGGGCACAGCCUCCAAGGGUUCGAUUCAGGUUUUAACUCAUUUGGAGACGUGGGUGGAGGAGGAUUCACCUCCUUCUCUUCUUCAUCUUUUGGCGGCAGCGGCGGCGGUGGGGGAGGAGGCUUCGGCGGCGGCGGAGGAGGAGGAGGAGGAGGAGGAAUGGGUAACUUCAGAUCUGUGUCGACCUCCACCAAGUUCAUCGGCGGCAGAAAAAUUACUACAAAACGGAUCAUCGAGAACGGCCAGGAGCGGGUGGAAGUGGAGGAGGACGGUCAGUUAAAAUCCCUAACAGUUAAUGAUGUUGCAGCCGAAGAGCCCUCGGCGGAGGAAGAGUCUCGUCGCCGCAGACAGAACGCACUUCCUGGCCUCGCCCUGCACCAACACCAGCGCUACCUGAGGAACUCCGCCCAAAACCCCUCGGAGGAAGAGGAGGAGCACGGCGUACAGAGCUUGGGACUAACGAGAGGACACACGGACACAAAGAGGAAGAAACUGUGGCUAAAGGAAGCAGAGUCCAAAAAGAAAAGAGCUCCUCGAUACUUCCCUCGGUUUGGUGGAUUUGGUACCUUUUAUUAAACACACACAAACACACACACACAUGUAGAUAUUUGUUGGCAGAAGUGUCAUCAAUCAUAUGUGGCAUUAGUUCAUCAUUGCUAUGUAUCAGAGGCCCAUAACACCCCCAGAGCUGCGCCAUAUCUCCCCUUGUCUAUCAGCUGCAGUGCAGAGCGUAACCCCCUGCCUGCAUUCAUGAGCGGUAGCCUGCAGAGACUUCACUUCAGUGUUUUGUAAAGUCUAAGAUACAUUUUUAGUAGUUAAGCUUUUGCUAUUGCUGUAUUUAUUGUGGGUGGGCGUUGUGGAUGGAUCAUUCAGAACUUUAAUUAACCUCCUACGAUUGGACUUUUCCUACUUUUUACAGCACACGUUUUCAGAAAGUGUGUUUUGAAAGAGUCCAGGUGGAAGGAGAAUUACAGUAGCAGCCUUGUUUAUGAUGAGUGUGAAAAUUACUGCAGUAAUAUUGUCUAGCAUGCGAGGAUGAGUGAAGGUCAGGCUAUUCAGUGGAUCCUUUUUUCAAUAGAGACAAGGAGGGAGAGGAACACCUGGGGAAUGUGAGAGUACGAAUGAAAGCAUCGAAGAGUGACUUUUAUUACAGACUGAAAUGAACAUGAAUGCUCACUCCUCCAUCACACAUGAAAACUGACAAUCAACACUCUGGCAGCAACAUUAUUCACUCUUUUACCGCUGCUACUCCCCCCAGGGUGAAAAAAAGCUUAUUUUCUUUUUGUAGGAUUCUUUGUACUGAGUAGAUUCAGCAACAUGUUAACCUUCCAUGGGUGCUUUUUGUAAAGGAUUUCUAAAGCAGACUACGGUUCCCCUCAUCAGAUUUGUCCUUGCCAGGUUGCUCUCAUGAUUAUUGUAAGUGGAAAUGUCUGAGAAAUGUUCAUUUUUUUAUGGACUCCUACCAAUAAAUGCUUAAAGAAAAACAUGUA